AUGGCAGAAUUCACUCAUGAAAGUACGGAAGGCCAGGAGGAAGAGGAAUUACAGGAGGAAGUGCUAGAUUUCGCACCAGCCGCAUUGGAUGACUCUCUGCCAGAGGUAGAAGAUCCUUUGCAGGAAAUAAAUUUGGGAACAGAGGAGGAUCCAAGGCCAACCUUCAUCAGCGCACUAUUGAAAGAACCACUUAAGAAUGAACUCGUUGCACUUCUGCAAGAGUUCAAAGAUUGUUUUGCUUGGCAUUAUCACGAGAUGCCAGGAUUAGACAGGGAAUUGGUAGAACACAAGCUACCAAUCAAAGAGGGAUACCUUCCAGUCAAACAGGCCAGAAGAAGAAUGUCCAUGGACACGGAACUGAAAGUCAAAGAAGAAAUAGAAAGGCUGCUCAAAGCAGGAUUCAUCAGGCCUGCCAUCUAUGCUGAUUGGCUAGCUAACAUUGUACCAGUUCUAAAAAGGAAAACUGGGGCAGUCAGAAUCUGCGUGGAUUACAGAAACCUGAAUGAAGCCUUUCCCAAGGAUGAAUACCCUAUGCCAAUGGCAGACAUGCUAGUAGAUGGAGCUGCCCACAACCAGAUGCUAUCUUUCAUGGAUGGCAACGCAGGUUACAAUCAAAUCAUGAUGGCAGAGGAAGACAUCCACAAGACAGCCUUCAUGUGUCCAGGGCAUAUAGGUGCUUUUGAAUACACUGUAAUGCCUUUUGGUUUGAGAAAUGCAGGGGCUACCUAUCAAAGGGCAAUGAAUUCUGUUUUCCACGAUAUGAUAGGGCAUUCCUUGGAAGUGUAUACUGAUGAUGUUGUGAUCAAAUCACCAGAGGAGGGAAACCACAUGACAGAUCUAAGAAGAGCAUUCCUCAGAAUGAGGCAACAUAAACUGAAAAUGAACCCAAAGAAGUGCGUUUUUGGAGUUCAAGCGGGAAACUUCCUAGGAUUCUUGGUCCACCAAAGAGGCAUAGAGAUCGACAAGAACAAAGCAAAAUCCAUCAUGGAAGCUUUGCCGCCUAGGAACAAGAAGGAAUUGCAAAGCCUCUUAGGAAAAAUUAACUUUUUAAGGAGAUUUAUAUCCAAUUCUGCAGGAAAGAUCCAGCCUUUCUCUCCUUUAUUAAGGUUGAAACAGGAACAAACCUUUAAGUGGGAAGAACAACACCAGCAAGCUUUUGAGGAAAUCAAGCAUUACCUCUCAAAUCCACCAGUUCUGUCCCCACCAAAGAGAGGCAGACCACUCAAGCUCUAUAUAUCUGCAUCAGAAGUAUCCAUUGGAAGUUUAUUGGUUCAGGAUAACAAGGAAGGAAAGGAAUAG